AUGGCGAGCUUGUUCACACGUAUGCUGUCUGGCCAUCACACGGCUGUGGCUCUGGCCAGCCUCGGGGUGGGCACCCUUGCAUCAGGAUACCUUCUGACCGACAAUGGCAAUGCCGCCGCUGCUGAGAGAAGGAAGCUCUACCCUCCCAGGUAGGUCUCUCUCUCUAUUUAUGUAUGUGUGUGUGUGUGUGUGUGUGUGUGUGUGUGCCACAUUUUGGCAAAUAAUGUUCAUACUGUAUGUGGGUUUUGGACUGAAACCCAGCUGAUCUUUAUAAGAGCUGUAAUAACCAUUGUUAGGUUCUGACAAACAGAGUGAAAAAAUAACGGACAACUAGUCAAAGCUCAAACCAAAUGUAUUCACCCACUGGGUCAAACAGCUGAAAAGACAAAGACAUGUUUCAACCAGCACAAUUAUUUAUACUCUCCUAUUAGGCGGAGUCUCCUCCUUGCACAUCUAGACAGCCAAUAUAUCUAUGUUGCUAGUCAGGAAGUUAAGUGAUGUGUGUAAUAAAACUGUUCCUUCUCCCUUCAUCUGACCUGACCUCGGCCCACAUUCCUCACUAAUCCACAGCUAUCCAACCUUAUCCGUGACCGCAACCAAGUGAUUGCCUUUUCCCUCACUUACAUUUACAUUUUACAUUUUAGUCAUUUAGCAGACGCUCUUAUCCAGAGCGACUUACAGUUAGUGAGUGCAUACAUUUUUAUACUUAGUAACUUUCCAGACCCAUACAUCUUAUCCAACCUCCAUUGACCUCACCAUAUACAUUCCUCAUACAUGUACCCAUCAAGUAUUUCAAAUUGCAACCCAACACCAUAUCACGACACAGUCAUAUAUCAUGAGAGUUUGGCCAACUUUAGAUCUAGAAGCCAUGUUGCUGUGUGACAGGGUAAUUUACGAGGGCCUGUAGUGUGUGAGUGUAAGACUGUUAAAUGGCUAACUACUGCUCUCCCUCUCCCACAGACUAUCCACACUGACUAUAUGCCCAUCCACAGGUUUCUACCCACUCAGACACAUACACCUUCACUCACUCUUACUCACAGGCACACACACACCUACCCUCACACCAACACUGCUGCUAAAAUGAUUAUUGAUUAGAUUUAUAACUACCACUACACUGCUGUUCAUUGAUUAUAUUUCCAUUACCCCUUAGUAUGUACUAUAUAUAUUUAGCCUACCACUGGUCUCCUGCUUACAUGUAUAUAUUACCAUUAGUAUUUUCCCAUAAGUAUUUAUAUAUUCCUGCUACCAGUCACUUUUCAGUUUACAUUUAUAUCUGCCUAUCAUGCCUACACUGAAACUCUUGCGCGCGCGCGCACACACACACACACACACACACACACACACACACCACUUAUGCUGCUGCCAUACUGUUUAAUAUUAUUAUUAUUAUUCUUUAUCCGGCUACCAGUCACUUUCUUUUAAUCCCUGCCUACAUGUACAUAUCUACCUUAACUACGCCAGUAUCGCUGCACAUUCUACAUUUGUACUGCCAUUCUACAACAACAACAAAUCGUCCUCUCUUACUUCUUAUUUCUCUUGUUUAAAAAAAAUACUAUUUUGAUAUUGAAUAGUGCACUGUUGGGAAGGGCUUAAGCAUUUCACUGUACUUGUCCAUGUGACAAAUAAAACUUGAAACGUGAAACUCCACCAACUUUAAGGACUUUUGGAGAUCAUUCCACAUGAGGCGCAAAAUAACUAAAAGCAGAUUUACUUAACUAGGUGGAGAUUGAAGGGAUCUCCAGGGUUAGCUAUCCCUGAGUCUGGGUCUGGUAAUUUAUACGUCUUAAGGUUAACAAUGAGGUAAGGUAUGGAGAACAUUAUGCAAGAAGGCUUUAUAGACAAAAAGAACGCAAUGCAUCGAUCUACGAGACUUCAAGAAGGGCCAGCCUACUUUCUGAUACAAAAUGCAAUGAUGUGUACUGAACCUAUCGUCCAUAAUAAAGCACAAUGUGCUAUGAUAAACUGCGUCCAAUUGCUUCAAUACAGUGGCAGCUGCAUUCAUAUAGAUUAUAUCGCUAUAGUCAAUAACCGGAAUGAAUGUUGACUGAAUUAUUAGUUUUCUGCUAUUUAACAAAAGACAGGACCUGUUCUUAUAGAAUCAUUUUAAUUAUUUAAUUGCCAUCAACAUACUUUUCUGAAAGAUAUCUUUUCGUUAAUCCAGAUGCCCAGCUAUUGAUAAUUGGGACACGAUCAAUGAGGGCACCAUACAAAGUACGUAUGCAUAAAUCAUCCGAUAAAUUUUUACACAACUUGUAAAAUUACAUUUACUUGGUUUUACCAGCAUUAAGUACCAACGUUGUUCAAUCGAGUACAGGCUUAACUGAAUGACAGUGAAAGAAUGCAUCAUGGAAUUGUAUUAAAUCGUUUGGGGUAUGUUUUAAAUACUCCUAUAAAAACGGUAGACUUGCAGAUAAACAGCAAGAAGGUAAGUACACUGCUCAAAAAAAUGAAGGGAACACUUAAACAACACCAUGUAACUCCAAGUCAAUCACACUUCUGUGAAAUCAAACUGUGCACUUAGGAAGCAACACUGAUUGACAAUAAAUUCCACAUGCUGUUGUGCAAAUGGAAUAGACAACAGGUGGAAAUUAUAGGCAAUUAGCAAGACACCCUCAAUAAAGAAGUGGUUUUGCAGGUGGUGACCACAGACCACUUCUCAGUUCCUAUGCUUCCUGGCUGGUGUUUUGGCCACUUUUGAAUGCUGACGGUGCUUUCACUCUAGUGGUAGCAUGAGUCGGAGUCUACAACCCACACAAGUGGCUCAGGUAGUGCAGCUCAUCCAGGAUGGCACAUCAAUGCGAGCUGUGGCAAGAAGGUUUGCUGUGUCUGUCAGCGUAGUGUCCAGAGCAUGGAGGUGCUACUAGGAGACAGGCCAGUACAUCAGGAGACGUGGAGGAGGCCGUAGGAGGGCAACAACCCAGCAGCAGGACCGCGACCUCCACCUUUGUACAAGGAGGAGCAGGAGGAGCACUGCCAGAGCCCUGAAAAAUGACCUCCAGCAGGCCACAAAUGUGUUUGUGUCUGCUCAAACGGUCAGAAACAGACUCCAUGAGGGUGGUAUGAGGGCCCGACGUCCACAGGUGGGGGUUGUGCUUACAGCCCAACACCGUGCAGGACGUUUGGCAUUUGCCAGAGAACACCAAGAUUGGCAAAUUCGCCACUGGCGCCCUGUGCUCUUCACAGAUGAAAGCAGGUUCACACUGAGCACAUGUGACAGACGCGACAGAGUCUGGAGACGCCGUGGAGAACGUUCUGCUGCCUGCAACAUCCUCCAGCAUGACCGGUUUGGCGGUGGGUCAGUCAUGGUGUGGGGUGGCAUUUCUUUGGGGGGCCGCACAGCCCUCCAUGUGCUCGCCAGAGGUAGCCUGACUGCCAUUAGGUACCGAGAUGAGAUCCUCAGACCCCUUGUGAGACCAUAUGCUGGUGCGGUUGGCCCUGGGUUCCUCCUAAUGCAAGAAAAUGCUAGACCUCAUGUGGCUGGAGUGUGUCAGCAGUUCCUGCAAGAGGAAGGCAUUGAUGCUAUGGACUGGCCCGCCCAUUCCCCAGACCUGAAUCCAAUUGAGCACAUCUGGGACAUCAUGUCUCGCUCCAUCCACCAACGCCACGUUGCACCACAGACUGUCCAGGAGUUGGCGGAUGCUUUAGUCCAGGUCUGGGAGGAGAUCCCUCAGGAGACCAUCCGCCACCUCAUCAGGAGCAUGCCCAGGCGUUGUAGGGAGGUCAUACAGGCACGUGGAGGCCACACACACUACUGAGCCUCAUUUUGACUUGUUUUAAGGACAUUACAUCAAAGUUGGAUCAGCCUGUAGUGUGGUUUUCCACUUUAAUUUUGAGUGUGACACCAAAUCCAGACCUCCAUGGGUUGAUAAAUUUGAUUUCCAUUGAUCAUUUUUGUGUGAUUUUGUUGUCAGCACAUUCAACUAUGUAAAGACAAAAGUAUUUAAUAAGAUUAUUUCAUUCAUUCAGAUCUAGGAUGUGUUGUUUAAGUGUUCCCUUAAUUUUUUUGAGCAGUGUAUAAAGAUCCAAUCCAUUAAAAAAACUGGAGGCCCCUUACACUUCAAUGUUGUGAUGCAAAAAUCAUAGAGAAUAGAAUUAGAAAGAUGUAUGCAUCCUGAUCAGACAGGCUUGGACAAUACAUUGGAGAUAACAUACGGCAAUUAAUUGAAAUAGUAGAACACUAUGAAACCUAAAAGAAACCAGAACUGGUCUUCAUAGCAGACUUCGAAAAGGCCUUUGAUAAAGUUUGACUAGAAUGUAUAUAUACAUGCUUGGACUAUUUACAUUUUGGGGAAUCUCUUGUACAAUGGGUUAAAGUUAUGUAUAGCAACCCCGGAUGUAAAAUUGUAAAUAAUGGUUAAUUCUCAGAAAAUAUUGAACUGUCCAGAGGAGAUAAACAAGGAUGUCCAUUGUCUCCAUAUUCGUUAUGGCCAUCAAAAUGCUUUUUCUUAAGAUAAGAUUGAACAAUAACAUCAAGGGUUUAGAAAUCCACAGCCUAAAAACAAAUGUUUGAAUUCAUGCUGAUGAUUCAAGUUUGCAAUCUGGAUCACUACACAGACAACUUCUCUAGCCUCUCUGGACUAAAACCUAAUUAUGAUAAGUGUACCAUAGUACAUAUUGGAUCAUUAAAAGACACAACAUUCACAUUACCCUAUAAAAUGUGCUGAUGGUGAAGUAGAGAUACUUGGUUUUCAUAUCCCUAAAGAUAUAAAAUAACUUAAAAAUUAACCAAAAUGACAAGAUCUUGCAACCAUGGAGAGGUAAAUACCUGUCUAUUUAUAGAGAAAUUCACACUGAUUAACUCUUUAACCCAUAAGAGUCUAAGCCCUGUCCAAGCUAUAUGGAAUUGUUUUAAGAAGGUCAUACCAAGGAUCAUUUUGCUAUUUGAUUUUGAAAUUUAAGACCCCUUGAAGUAUAAACAAAAUAUAUAAAACAAUUAUUUGAUAAAACAUUUGUUUUGGCCUUAAUGCUAUUAGCCCAUAAAAACGCAUUGAAUAACAGAUUCACCACAUUGAACAACAGAUAGUCCCCAAAAUGAUCUAAAGGAAGUUUGUUUUGAAGUGUCUAUCCUAUAUCUGAGAGAUAUAGGAGAGAUCAGGAAACAUUUGUUGUUGUUUUUUACAUGUAUUUAACCCUUUGACACGUACCAACAAACGGGUGUGAUUAUUCUACAGUGGUCACUGCAGCGUACGCUCAAACCGGUGUGAUUAGAAUACUUAUUUAGAACGUCCAGUUUUGAUUGGCAUUUGAGCUGGCCACACUGUUUUUUCACAGAAACAUUUUGCACAAACACUGUCCUUUCAAAGGGAUGUCCUGAAUGUGACCAGUUUCCCAGAAGUAGUGACAGCUUAACACAAUCAUCCAAACCGGAAAAUGUAGACUACGUUAGUCCUAGCGCUAACUGAGGAAAGACUGAUGUAAGACAAGCAGUCAUAUUUAGCUAACUCUCGGCUGACGGAAACCACAAUAUGAAUUGGCUAAUAGCAAUUACUAUUUACAAUUCAUCACAUCACGGGUAAGCUCACCAUUGACCGAAAUAAUUGCAGUUGCCAUACCAGGCGGUGAUACAGCCCGACAGGAUGCUCUCAAUUGUGCAUCUGUAAAAGUUUGUGAGGGUUUUAGGUGAUAAGACACAUUUCUUCAGCCUCCUGUGGUUGAAGAGGCUCUGUUGCGCCUUCUUCACCACACUGUCUGCGUGGGUGGACCAUUUCAGUUUGUCAGUGAUGUGUACGCCAAGGAACUUGAAGCUUUCCACCUUCUCCACUGCGGUCCCGUCGAUGUGGAUAGGAGGGUGCACCCUCUGCUGUUUCCUGAAGUCCACGAUCAUAUCCUUUGUUUUGUUGACGAUGAGUGAAAGGUUAUUUUCCUGGCACCACACUCCCAGAGCCCUCACCUCUUCCCUGUAGGCGGUCUCGUCAUUGUUGGUAAUCAAGCCUACUACUGUUGUGUCGUCUGCAAACUUGAUGAUUGAAUUGGAGGCAUGCUUGGCCAGUGAACAUGGAGUCCAGGAGGGGGCUGAGCACGCACCCUUGUGGGGCCCCAGUGUUGAGGAUCAGCAAAGUGGAGAUGUUGUUUCCUGCCUUCACCACAUGGGGGCGGCCUGUCAGGAAGUCCAGGACCCAGUUGCACAGGGCGUGGUCCAGACCCAGGGCCUCGAGCUUAAUGAUGAGCUUGGAGGGUACUAUGGUGUUGAAUGCUGAGCUAUAGUCAAUGAACAGCAUUCUUACAUAGGUAUUCCUCUUGUCCAGAUGGGAUAGGGCAGUGUGCAGUGUGAUGGCGAUUGCAUCGUCUGUGGAUCUAUUGGGGCGGUAAGCAAAUUGAAGUGAGUCUAGGGUGACAGGUAAGGUAGAAGUGAUAUGAUCCAUGACUAGUCUUAAAUGUCUUACUCACGUCGGCCACGGAGAAGGAGAGGCCACAGUCCUUGGUAGUGGGCCUCGUCGGUGGCACUGUGUUAUCCUCAAAGCGGGCGAAGAAGGUGUUUAGCUUGUCUGGAAGCGAGACGUCGGAGUCUGCGACAUGGCUGGUUUUCCUUUUGUAGUCCAUGAUUGUCUGUAGACCCUGCCACAUACGUCUCGUGUCUGAGCCGUUGAAUUGUGACUCCACUUUUUCUCUAUACUGAUGUUUUGCCAGUUUAAUUGCCUUGCGGAGUGAGUAGCUAACUAUUUGUAUUCUGCCAUAUUCCCAUGGUUAAAUGUGGUGGUUCGUGCUUUCAGUUUUGCGCGAAUGCUGCCAUCUAUCCACGGUUUCUGGUUAGGGUAGGUUUUAAUAGUCACAGUUGGCACAACAUCACCUAUAUACUUCCUGAUAAACUCAGUCACCGUUUCAGUGUAUUCAUCUAAAUUAUUUUUGCAAGCUACCUGGAACAUAUCCCAGUCCGAGUGAUCAAAACAAUCUUGAAGUGUAGAUUCCAAUUGGUCAGACCAGCAUUAAAUAGUCCUUAGCACGGGUACUUCCUGUUUGAGUUUCUGCCUGUAGGAAGGGAGGAGCAAAAUGGAGUCAUGGUCAGAUUUGCCGAAAGGAGGGGGGGAGGGCCUUAUAACCAUCCCGGAAGUUCGAAUAGCAAUGGUCGAGGAUUUUAGCAGCGUGAGUACAACAGUCGAUAUGUUGAUAGAACAUCGGUAGCCUAGUCCUCAAAUUUGCUUUGUUAAAAUGCCCCAGCUACAAUAAAUGCAGCCUCAGGAUUUGUGGUCUCCAGUUUGCAUUAAGUCCAGUGAAGUUCUUUGAGGGCCGUUGUGGUAACGGCUUGAGGGAGGAUAUACACGGCCGUGACUAUAACCGAAUUUUUUUAUCUUGGGAGAUAAUACGGUCAGCAUUUGAUUCUGAGGUAUUCUAGGUCGGGUGAACAGAACGACUUGAGUUCCUGUAUGUUACUACAAUUACACCAUGAGUCGUUAAUCAUGAAACACACACCUCAGCCCUUCUGCUUCCCGGAGAGAUAUUUAUUCCUUCUGCGCGAUGAACUGAGAACCCAUCUGGCUGGACCGAUUUCGACAGAAUAUCCCCAGAGAGCCAUGUUUCCGUGAAACAAAGUAUGUUACAGUCCUUGAUGUCUCUCUGGAAAGAAAUCCUUGCCUGGAGCUCGUUGAGCUUGUUAACCAGAGACUGAACAUUAGCGAGUAGUAUACUUGGAAGCGGUGGGUGGUGUGCGCGCCUCUUAAGUCGAACCAGCAGGCCGCUCCGAGUGCCUCUCCUCCGCCGGCAAUGUUUUAGGUCAGUCGCUGGAAUCAGUUCAAUUGCCCUGGGGAGAGCAAACAAACGAUCUGCUUCGGGAGAGCAGUAUUCCUGGUCGUAAUGCUGGUGAUUUACCGCCGCUUUGAUAUCCAAUAGUUUUUCCCGGCUGUAUGUAAUGAUUCUAAACACUUUCUGAACUAUUAAUGUAAAAAAUAAUGUAUAAAAAACAAAAUACUGCAAAAUUUAUUAAGAGCUUGACAACCAUGUCAACUAUGCAGAUUCUGCUAUGAAGAGAUUGAAUCACUGGAUAAUCUAUUUUGGUAUUGCCCCCUUUUAGCUGGUCUCUGGUCACAGGUUCAGGAGUGGCUAAAAAGUCAUAACAUUGUUGUAAAAUAAACCCUACAAAUAGCAAUGUUGGCCAUCUGGAAAGCCAUAGUCAAUACGCUUGGCAAAAAUAUUAAUAUGCGAUUAGAAAGGUUCAGAAUCUAUGUAAGACAUCUCAGUACAGUUGAAAAAUAUAUGGCAUAAGGAAAUCAAGAGAGGUGGUCUAUGGAGAUAGGUGAGAUGGGCUGAGAGAAGCUGAGGGAUGGAUUUAAUCUGUACAAAUUAUUAAUCUGUAAUAGUUGUGACUGAAAAGAAUAUAUAUAAUGUUUACUGGACAUGUCUGAGCACUAUGAAUUCAAAUGUAAUAAAAUCCAAUGAAUCCAAAUGUGCAUAUAAAAUAAAAAAUGUUAUGUGAUAUUAUGUGAAAAAGUACCAUUAUGUAAACAUAUAUUUGUAACAAAGUUACUUUUGUCCUCCGGGAUGGGCCAAUAAAAUAAACGAAUAUAUAUACACUAUCAGUCAAAUGUUUGGACACACCUACACAUUCAAGGGUUCUUCUUUAUUUUUACUAUUAGUAAAAGAGUCCAUCAUUACUUUAAGACAUGAAGGUCAGUCAAUCCGGUACAUUUCAAGAACUUUGAAAGUUUCUUCAAGUGCAGUCGCAAAAACCAUCAAGUGCUAUGAUGAAACUGGCUCUCAUGAGGACCGCCACAGGAAAGGAAGGCCCAGAGUUACCUCUGCUGCAAAGGAUAAAUUCAUUAGAGUUACCAGCCUCAGAAAUUUCAGCCCGAAUAAAUGCUUCACAGAGUUCAAGUAAUAAACACAUCUCAACAUCAACUGUUCAGAUGGGACUGUGUGAAUCAGGCCUUCAUGGUUGAAUUGCUGCAAAGAAACCACAACUAAAGGACACCAAUAAGAAGAAGAGACUUGCUUAGGCCAACAAACACGAGCAAUGGACAUUAGACCGGUGGAAAUCUGUUCUUUGGUCUGAUGAGUCCAAAUUUGAGAUUUAGUAGGUGAACGGAUGAUCUCCGCAUGUGUGGUUCCCACCGUGAAGCAUGGAGGAGGAGGUGUGAUGGUGUGGGGGUGCAUUGCUGGUGACACCGUCAGUGAUUUAUUUAGAAUUCGAGGCACACUUAACCAGCAUGGCUACCACAGCAUUCUGCAGCGAUUCGCCAUCCCAUCUGGUUUGCGCUUAGUGGGACUAUCAUUUGUUUUUCAACAUGACAAUAGCCCAAAACACCUCCAGGCUGUGUAAGGGCUAUUUGACCAAGAAGGAGAGUGAUGGAGUGCUGCAUCAGAUUAAAUGGCCUCCACAAUCCUCCGACCUCAACAAAAUUGUGAUGGUUUGGGAUGAUUUGGACCGCAGAGUGAAGGAAAAGCAGCCAACAAGUGCUCAGCAUAUGUGGGAACUACUUCAAGACUGUUGGAAAAGUAUUCCAGGUGAAGCUGGUUGAGAGAAUGCCAAGAGUGUGCAAACCUGUCAUCAAGGCAAAGGGUGGCUAAUUUGAAGAAUCUAAAAUCUGAAAUACAUUUUGAUUUGUUGAACACUUUUUUGGUUACUACAUGAUUCCAUAUGUGUUAUAUCAUAGUUUUGAUGUCUUCACUAUUGUUCUACAAUGUAGAAAAUAGUAAAAAUAAAGAAAAACCCUUGAAUGAGUAGGCGUGUCCAAACUUUUGACUGGUACUGUAUAUUCACAGAAGCGCUCUAUCACCACUCAAACCUUUUGCUUCCUAUUUCCUGGUCACGUGACUUAUGUUCCUGAAUGACUCUAUGGAUGUGUCCCUAUUGGCUCCCUAUUUCUGAUCUAGUGCACUACUUUCGACCAGGGAUGGUCAAAAGAAGUGUACUUAAUACGGAAUGGGGUGCCAUUUGGGACGUAACCUAUACUAACUGGUAGUUCCCACUAGCCAGAAAGAAGACAAAACUGACAACAUGAGAUUGGCAUUAGGCUGUACAUUGGGUUGUUUUUGUCUCUAUGAGGGUGACUCUAGUUUCAUGGAAUCUUAUUCACCCAGUGUUUGUGUGUGUUUUUGUUGAUCAUUUGCUCUCUCUCCCUCUUUUUGUCUUUCUUCCUAUCUUCUUUUCCUUUCUCUCCUCCACCUCCCUCCCUCCCUCCUUCCUCUCUCUCUCUCUCUCUCUCUCUCUCUCUCUCUCUCUCUCUCUCUCUCUCUCUCUCUCUCUCCCUCUCUCUUUCAGUGCUGACUUCCCUGACCUGAGGAAGCAUAACAACUGCAUGGCGUCUUGCCUGACCCCGGCCAUCUAUAGUAAGCUGAGGGACAAGUUGACCCCCAACAACUGGAGCCUGGACCAGUGCAUCCAGACUGGGGUGGACAACCCUGGUCACCCCUUCAUCAAGACCGUGGGCAUGGUGGCUGGAGACGAAGAGAGCUAUGAGGUGCGCGUGUGUGUGUUUGCUGCAUAAGACCUGAAGGUUUGUGUUAACAUAGAGUUUAAGCGCAGGUUUUAGCAUGGUGGGCUAACAUGGUCCUGAGUGGCACAGAUCACCCAUAUUUAGAUACCUGUUGAGUUUGACUAGCUGUCUGAAUGUAAAGUCUCUUGUGUGUGCGUCCCCAGGUGUUUGGCGAUCUGUUUAACCCAGUCAUUAAGGACAGACACAACGGAUACGACCCUCAAAACAUGAAACAUCCUACUGACCUGGACUCAUCUAAGGUAACAAGAUUUGGUUCCAUUCUGGUCCCUGUACUCCUCCCAUUUAUCCACUCCCCCCCUCCUUUUGGUACUGGCAGGUUUGAACGAGCCCAACUUGGAGCAAAGCAGUAAGAUUUAACUGAUUGAUUGAGUGAUUCCGAUUCCCUCUCCCUGUCCAGAUCAAAAACGGUAUGUUUGAUGAGAAAUAUGUCCUGUCAUCUCGUGUGCGUACCGGCCGUAGUAUCCGCGGGCUGAGCCUGCCGCCAGCCUGCACACGCUCAGAGCGCCGUGAGGUGGAGCGUGUUGCAGUUCAGGCCCUUUCUGGUCUGAAAGGAGACCUGGCUGGACGCUACUACAGCUUGGGAGACAUGACAGACAAAGAGCAGCAGAACCUUAUUGACGUGAGUAUACACACACUCGUGCACACACAUAUGCACACCCAUGCACACACACACACACACACACACACACACACGUACACAUCUAGAUGGCCAUGCUAUAAAGGACAAACGUGGCCAUCUCAUCACAACUAAUGUGCAAGAAUGAGCUAGUUGAUAUUAUUCUAUGGUCUAUGGUCAGUGUAACUAAAUUGAACCUUUGACCUCUAAUGACCGCUGGUCCCUCUGUCCAUGUGCUGGCCAAUCAGGAGCACUUCCUGUUUGACAAGCCUGUGUCUCUGCUGCUUACGGCUGCUGGGAUGGCCAAAGACUGGCCUGAUGUGCGUGGGAUCAGGUAAGGCUGAGAGGAGUAAUGCAUCCCCAAGAACUAGUGAACUCUAUUUUAAAAGCACUUCUCUGAAGAAUAGUGCACCCUGCCAAAUAGUGUGCCCCCAAAAAGUGAGCCCUAUCAUGAUGUGUGUGGUGCUGCCCUGAAGAAUAGUGCAUCCUGGCAAAUAGUGGGCCCCCAAACAGUGGGCCCUAUCGUGACGUGAGUGGCGCUGCCCUGAAGAAUAGUUCACCCUGCCAAAAAGAGUGCCCUGUAGCGAUGUGAAUGGUGUUGCCCUGAAGACUAGUGUUCCUUAUUAAAUAGAGGACCUAGUGUGCUGACAUUGUGAGCCCUAUAGGUGAACAGUGCUGUCAUGAGAACGGUGUACCUCAGGCGAUGGUCAACCAUUCAUCUGCUGCCUCAGACGAUGGUCAACCAAUUAUAUGCUUCUCUUUCCUUGGUUCAUCCUCCCGCCACCUUCUCAGUGACCCUGAUCCUUCCUUCUCUUCUCCUCUUUUUCCUCUCCUCCCUCUCACCCUUCCUUUCCUUCGUUGUCAUUUUCAUCCCUCCUUACCACUCUCCUCUCUCCCCCCUCUCUCUCUCCCUCCCUCCUUUCCCCCUCCACUCUAGGAUCAUUUCCUCUUUGACAAGCCUGUAUCGCCCCUGCUCACCUGUGCUUUCAUGGCCCGUGACUGGCCCGACGCCAGAGGCAUCUGGUACGGUGCAUGAGGCCUGCUGCACCUGUGUGUGUGUAUGUGUGCUUACGUGUCUGUGUGUGAGUGAAUGCUUUUGAAGUCCCUUGGUAAUAGGAAUCACUUGGAAGGAACGAUAUGCUUCGGCUAACAAUGAACAUAUUUAGACAAGAUAACUUUCACCAUGGCAUGGCUUGAUCACUGCAGAUGCCUAAUUUACGUGUCACACCGCCUGUUUUAGCCAUUUGUCCUCCUCAUACAGUAACUAACCAGAGCUGGUCAGCCUGUGUGUUAAGAAGCAGCUGAGAUGUUUGGUUAUGUGAUGCACACAAAAUGGAUGGUCACAAGCCAACUUUUCUCUGUCUCAUUAUUUCUCUUGUUUUACAGCUUAGUAAUGUGUAAAAAAAUAUAUAUGUUUAUAUAACAUGUUUAGCUAACUAUACAAUGGGUUGUGUUGCAUUUCUUAGUAUUUUUAUAAAAAUAAGGAAAUGCUAAGCCUCAACAUUAAAAUGACUGGAGCCACGCUAGGUGGAAAGGAUUUAAAAUAGUGGUGAACCUAAACAAAAUGGCAUCGUGGACAUUUCAAAGUGAUAAAAAUAUGUUAAGCUCCUGGGGACUUUAUUAAAUUAAACGAUGGCUCAGAUUUAGAUACCUAUAUAUUGUACUAAUGAAUCCUUAGAUAAAUCAUCUAAUGUAGCUAAUGCUAACCCAAAUAUUGAUACUCAAGUGCACCUUAAGUUAAUGUCUAGCUUUGAAGAGCUAUGUAGCAAACUCCUCCAGUUUAACAAAACCUGCUUAGUAAAUCUUGGUGGGGCAAACAAAAAAACAAAAAUUGGGAUGCAUGCCAGAAAAGCCACUACACAACACAACAUUAAACAAUACAUUAAUUGCACUAUAACGGUGACAAACAGUGCCCACAAACUGUUAGGGCCUACAUAAAGCUGUCCCAACAGCAGGGUCCCAACAGCAGUCCCAACAUCUUUCCACUGCUACACCUGACUAUCAGCAGAGCCUUCUCUGGCAGCGAAACAGUUAAUUCAGCCUCAUUUACUGCCUUUUAAAAAAACAUAGCUGAUAUGGCUGACUUGCUUAAACAAAUGUGGUUUCUAAUGACAAUUGAGAUGUACAAACUAUGGCAUAAGGGGACGACAAGCGGAAAAGAGGUAAUCCGUAAUUUCGAUUAAGACAUUAAUGAGCGAUCUAGGAUGGACAUAGUCAAAAUAACUAUUUGUUUAGCACUUUUGAAAUGUAUAGCGACAGAAUUCAGAACAUUUAGCCUUGUUUAGCUGUUCAUGCAUUUUAGUGUUAACUGUGCACUGAUUGGAACUCGUAAUGUAUAACUUUGAGAAGCAUGUUUAAUUAUAUUUUUAUAGUGGGUAAUCUUUGGGAUGUAUUGGACAAAUAUACAAUUUGGUGGUUUUACAUAACAGCUAUGUAAUUUGCACUAUUUUUAUUGGAUAGCUUUAUUUUGGUUAUUGGAUAUCAAUAGCUAUGGUUAUGUAAUAGUUUAGGGGACUGAAGAUGGAAUGGGAAAAGGUGGGAAAUGUACUUUCUUUACUAUAGUUAUUUUAUGUAACUGUGAAAUGAUAAUUGCUACAACUGAGAUAAUUGACACUGUUGCACCUUUUAUAUAUAUUUUAUUAAAUUAAACUGAGAGAAGAUUUCAAGACACAAGCCAACUGUGUCAUUAUUUCUCCUGUUUUACAGGAACACAUUAUCUGUUUUCUUGGUCUUACGCCUGAGACCUGGAACAGUUACUGCUGUUGAGAGUACUCAGAGUACUCUCCGCUUUCUCAUGUUCUAUGUCUCUCUCUCUCUCUCUCUCUCUCUCUCUCUCUCUCUCUCUCUCUCUCUCUCUCUCUCUCUCUCUCUCUCUCUCUCCUCUCUCUCCUCUCUCUCUCUCUCUCUCUCUCUCUCGUCUCUCUCUCUCUCUCUCUCUCUCUCUCUCUCUCUCCCUUCCUUCCUUCCUCUCCCCUAUCCUCUUCACUAUCCCCAAGGCACAACAAUGAGAAGACCUUCCUGAUCUGGAUCAACGAGGAAGACCAUACCAGGGUCAUCUCCAUGGAGAAGGGAGGCAACAUGAAGAGA